AUGCCUGAGGGUCCGCUCUUCUUUGAGUUGAGCUGGUCAAUCCUCAGCACCAUCGGAGCGGGAAACGUCUUCUUCGGCAUCCUCGUUGUCAGCGUUACGAACCUGUCCCCCAUCGCUGCUGUCCCUAUUGUCACGUCGGCCGCCGGCGCCAUCGCCAACGGCCUUUGCUUCUAUGCGUUUUAUCAGCCAUCGCAGCCAGCCACAAACCGGGCCGUCGCCUCCGGGUUUGCGGACAUGUUGUGGCUGAUCCAAGAAGCCGGGUUGUCGUUCUAUGGCUACGUCAUCUUGAGCCGUAUUCUGCGCAAUAAGAGCUGGUACAUCUUCGCGAGUGUGUUCUGGAUCUUCGUCGUGGCCAUUGCUGCUGUCCGCAUUACCAUCGUCAUCACCCGCGUGAGGCAGAUCACUGGCGACGAGACGCUCCAAGCCACAGUCAACCACCUGCACAUGGCCUACUUCCCCAUGAUUGCCGUGCUCGAAUGCGUCAACGCCUACUACCUGCUGACCAUCUUCGCCAAGGCGCAGAUGGGCGCGCUCAAGCAGACCACCAAGUUCGGCCUGUUCCCAUACCUGAUGCGCAGCACCGAGGUGCGCAUGGCGCUUCUCGCCGUCGUCGGCAUCAUGCGCGCCGUCACACAUGCGUUUCAGACCAGGGCUCAGAGGGCCACGAACCUGGCCAGUCAAGUUGACCGCUUCGCCUACACGAUGGAGUGUCUCUUUCCCAUCGUCAUGUAG